AUGUACACCAUGCCGCUGCCGACGUUGCUGCAGCUUUCCGAGAUGAGCCCCCACGAGGAGCUGCAGGCCGACGGCAAGCUUGUCGUGUUUGCAUCGCACAUGGGAAAGGCGGCCUUUGUUUCACACCAGUGGCGUGAUCGCGAACAUCCCGAUCCGGAGUGCGUUCAGCUACGUGUGCUGCAGCAGGCCUUCAACUACAUGCUUGAAUCCGCGCGGGAAAUUCCAGUCGACCUUGGCACGGAAGGUCUCGUUCCCGGAGCAAAGUCCAUGUCAACCGCAGCGCUCAGAACGAGUUCUGUGUUCAUCUGGUAUGACUACUUCUCUUGCCCACAGCUUGACCACGAGGUGGGCUUGCUUUCGCAGGACGGCACUGUCACUAAAUGCCAGAGCGAACUUGACAAAGCUGUCAGCAGCAUUCCUGCUUACAUCGCGAGGUGCUCCUUCUUUUUCGCUCUUUGCCCUGUCGUCGAGAAUUCCAGUCUCUCCAAGCUCCUCACGCCCGGUACUUGGGCUUCCCGUGGAUGGUGUAGGGCUGAGCGGACAUUUAGGGAGCUAUCCGAUGAUGCAUCUUGGAUCAUGAUCAAAAGCGCCACAGAAGUUGAGAUGGUGAUCUCGCCGGUGUUGACCCUUGGUGGUUCACCGGGCCAUGGAGAGUUUACUGACGCUGCAGAUAGACCGAAGUUAGCAACAGCCCUUGUGAAAACAAUUCGGCGCAAGCUGCUGCAGCAGCUGAAGCAUGGGGACUUGGUAAGCUACCGCGUUCUGCGCAACUUGCACACCGUUCAUUUGCGCGGACUCCCUGCCGAGCCUGUGCGUGAUCUCAUCCCGGACUUUGCUCCGUGCUGCACCUGUCGGUCUCCUGUACCCUUGUUUUUGCAUGAGAUGGGUUUCGAGAAGAUAUCUGACGUGGACGUCAAAGGCUGGUCGCCUUUGCACUAUGCUGCGCUUGGUGGGGACCCAGAGUUGAUCAUGGGCUUGCUGGAGCAACGUGCCGAUCCGCAGAGUCUCACAAAAGGCAGCCAGCCGCAAGUGGAGAUGCCGCCAUUUGUGUCAGCCCUGGCUAUCGCCAUCUCCCUGAAGCACCACCAGGCCGCGCGGCUUCUGCUUGAAGCUGGAGCCCAAGUUGGUGCCGGCGUCGUUACACCGCCCAUGUGCUUUGCCGCCAUGGUGAAUAGCCCAGAAGGCAUCCGCAUGCUGUGCAGUGCCGGCGGCAGUCUCGAUACGACAAACCUUUUCGGCUUUUCUACUUUCGAGCUGGCUGCUGCAUAUGGUGCAGUGGAGGCUCUGGAGGAAAUUCUCCUUCAAGCCAAUCACCGAGCGUGCGCUCCCAAUCUGUCGCGAGCCCUCUACUCUGCCAUGGUCUUCCGAGGCGGCAGCGCCGAGCUGGUCUGGCGCCUCAUUGGGCUUCAAGCAGACGUGAACUAUCAAUGGAAACAGCGCCACAUGUCACUUUGGGGCAUGUACACUGCCUUCAAGUCGCUGCAGUAUAGGUGUGGCAAGAAGACAACAUCCACAAGGGUCUUCUCAGAACUUGCCGGCUCGACCCCCUUAAUGGCAGCAAUCAAGUCAGGGCAGUACGAAGGAGCUGCGGCUCUCAUCACUGCUGGUGCGCGGCUGGACAUUCGAAACUGCCAUAACCGCACAGCGGCCGAUUGGGCACAGGAGUACCCAGUGCCAGCGUUUCUGCAUGAGGCCCUGGAAGGGGACCCAUCAGAAUGCCAACGGAUUUGUUCGCUAGCCCUUGAAAACAGUCUACUCGAGAUGUGA